AUGACAAAAAGGCUGCCUCUCAGUUGUGAGAACUGUCGACGUAGAAAGAUACGUUGUUUCGGAUCUGGUGUACCAUGUGACACCUGUCGAAAGCGUGGAGUGGCAUCGACUUGUCAGUUCAAGCGCGAUGUUACUCAACAUCCCCCGCCUGGACCACAGCAGGGCCAAGAGCUUCUUCUCAAGCGGAUAGCAGAUCUAGAAAGCCUGCUACAGAAAAAUAUCGAAUUGACCACGGCCUCCAACGCUCAGCAUAGCCACACUCUCCGUUCGCCCGUUUCCGAGGAUUCCAUCGUUUCGAUACAGGAUGAGCUGUCUGGACUCCCCUUCUCCACCUUGACGAAUGGUCAUACUCCCACUCGCAGUAUCACCCGAAAUAGACAUGGCGAAGUUGGAAGCAUCAUCGCGUCCUCAUCGGGCCAUGUGCGAUACGUUCCUUACAGCACCUCUCGCAAUCCGGACGUUUUCCAUUCCCUCCAAAGUCAAUGUCAACAGGAGCCUCCGCCCGGCGGACUGCUUUUCUCUGACACGAUUCCCUGUAGGCAGUCACUUCUAGAUAUGCUACCACCGUUUCGCCAUUGCGACGAACUCAUCACCACAUUCCUCAAUGUGUUUUCUCCCCUCUUCCACAUUCUACACGAUGAAGUCUUCCAGUCAAAUUAUCUCCAACUCAAGCAAGACCCUCAACAAGCUCCGCUAUCUUUCAUCGGUUUAGUAUUCGUCGCUUUGGGGCUGGGAGUUAGUGCCAUCGAUAAAGAGAGUUUUGUCCUGGCAGACUUAGGCCGAGAGGCUUCCCCCGCCGAGAGUGCGAAGUCAUUGGCAGCAAAAUACCGACAAGCGGCGAUGAAGUGUCUGGCCGCUGAUAAUUUCAUGUGGCAACACAAUUUACAUACUGUGCAAUGUCUCGUCUUGCUUAUAUAUGCCAUUAACCAUGCCCAGGGACCGGCUUGGAGUCUCCUUGGAACGACUCUCAAUAUUGCCAUCGCGAUUGGCUGCCAUAUUGAUCCUGAAAUUCUGAAAUUACAUCCCAUCGAGGUUCAAGAAAGGCGACGGGCCUGGGCGGCGUUAAUGAUGCUCUACACAAUCCAGAAUUCCUGCUUGGGAAACUUGGCUCCAUUUGCGGUGGAGAAUAGUGUUCAACUGCCAGCGGAUGUGGAAGACAAUGAGAUUUUCCCAAGCUCAUUUCAUGAAGGCUUGAACGAAACGGACCCGCCACUGGCCCCCAAAGGCCCGACGAAGAUGUCUUAUCUUUUGUUCAAAUUCCGCUUGUAUCACUUGGCUUCUGAUAUAUGCAACAUUAACACCAAUUCCUUGGACAAGAUCAAAGUGUUGGAUGAUCAGAUUGAGGCUGAAGUGCAAGCACAAGCACAGCGAUUCUCGGAGCAACGUGAUCUGCCUACGUGUCACCAGGCACAUUCAUUGAUUUUGAAUAAUUACACCAACCACCUCAUCCUGCUCCUGCAUCGAAUCUGGCUCUUGAAGCCAGAAAGACUCGAGGAUGGGGGUCGCACAGCAAGUUACGAAAAGUGCGAACAAGCUGCUCUUGCCAUCCUUUCAAACUUUGAUAUCCUGAAUUCGCGCCAUGAUCUGAGACCCUAUAGCUGGUAUGCCCAUGGCCUUGGAGCAUUUCACGCAUUCUUAGCAAUAUCUACGCUACUAGUUCUACUAGGAAAGCCCCGCGCCACACAAACCCCACGACACCUCAUAUGGCAUGCUGUUCAAACUUGUUAUCAGCGAUUCCACGACAUUUCUUCAUGCAGCGAUAUAUGCAAUCGAGCCUGUUUGAUACUGGAUCCUUUGGUCUCCAAAGAGGAGUUCUCUCUCACCCAGUUCCGUGCAUUCUCGGACGGUGGGACUGACCGGGGAAGCACAAGUGUCAGACCGACUAGCACCAUAACGAUGGACCAAAGCGACCAAUCUGACAGCUUUGACUCGAGCCUUUGGUCAUUACCGGAAAGUUUCGAGGACAUUGUAUCCAAGAUUCCAUGUGAGCAGUGGCUUUCUCCGGCGGGAUUUCCGUGGGCAGAUCAAUGCCCUUUGGAUGAAACAUAUCAUGACAGCAUCAUUUGA